AAUACAAUAUGGCUAUUGUAUACCAGCAACCAUGCCAUGCGGAAAUUUCCCAUGUGGUCAAAGAGAAACAAUUAUUCCGUGAAUGUGUCGGAGUGGAGUGGCGUUAUUAUAUUGAUAUCUAAUUGUUGUAGACGGCUCGCGGCACUUAAGUUUUAUUUGGAAUAGGCUUAACAUUAAGCCGUGAACGGGAUCAAUCUCCAUUUGCAUCGGAGUCCAUUCACCAUUGGAAUCUUUUUGCUGUUCAUACCAAUGCUGUAAGCUGUUGUCCAUUGUAAUCUGCCAAGUUAAAUAGCUUUGGAGCUGUUGAGCUGCAGCCAUGGCUAUCCACGAGGAAGCGUUGAAUAAAAAGCUCAACAAGAAGAAAAAGAAGAAGUUGGAAAAGUUGAUGAAGCUGAAGGCAGCAGAGGAAGCAGAAGCUGCCGCCAAUGAGUCUGGUUCGGCUGCGGAGGAGGCACAGGCCGACACUGAGGACGACACAGGAGCUGACACUGAACAGACUGAGGAGCAGCACACAGAGGAGGUGGCUAGUAAAAAGAAAAAGAAGAAAAAGAAACAGACUGCAGGGGAAAAUGCAGAAGAGGCAGCUGCUGAGCCAGUCCCCACUGCCACCCCCUCAGUACCUGGUGCAUCAUGGAUGGGUGUAAAUCCAGUGGAGGACACCUCAUUUGACUCACUGAAGGACAGAGUAUGUGAGUUCACACUGCGCGCCAUCAAAGAAAUGACCUUCACACACAUGACCCCCAUUCAGUCUCGCUGCAUUCCUCAUCUGCUGGAGGGCAAGGACCUGGUGGGCGCCGCCAAGACCGGCUCCGGUAAAACGCUGGCCUUCCUCGUCCCCGCCGUGGAGCUCAUGUUCAAACUCAAGUUCAUGCCUCGGAACGGCACCGGCGUGAUCAUCAUAUCGCCGACCCGCGAGCUGAGUAUGCAGACGUUCGGCGUGCUCAAGGAGCUGAUGGCCCACCAUUUCCACACGUACGGCCUCAUCAUCGGCGGCACAAACCGGGCGUCCGAGGCGCAGAAACUGGCCAACGGUGAGUAA